UAUUCGGUGGAUUUUAUCACCAAUAAACUUUUUAGCUGUGAUGGAGGGUAGCUCAAGAAGCAGAAAAAUGUCUGAGGAGCAAGUGAGACGCUUGAUUACCGCCCGGGUGGAGUGCAACCAUUUUUUCACCACAAAAUUUUUUGACAGGAAAGCAGCGUGGGCUACAAUUAAAGAAAAAGCAGGACUGGGUGAAUUCUCCAUUCAGCAGAUUAAAAUCAAGUGGGCCAACUUGACAACAAAAUACAAAGUACUAGUUACACCUCCCACUGGCGGAGCUACGGAGAACGGGGAACAAACCCCAGACGAUUGGGAACACUUCAACCAACUUCAUGAUUUUAUGGCAACGCAACAUAUCAUUAACCCACCGUUGGUGGUAAACAGUUGCGGGAUUGUGGUGCAAAAUUCUCACAAUAUACCCAAUGAAGCUGAAGAUAAAGAUGCUUAUAUUUCAAGCGCUGAGUCAGGGCCAAUAUUAUCCAGCCCGGAAGCAGGACCUUAA